AUGAGCGCCACUGUCAACGUGCUCCUCCUCGCCGCAGACAACCCCGCCAAAGUCCUUCAGUAUUUGCAAGAAAACCCUUCGAGUGCAUCUAUUCAAGACGAGCAUGGCUACUCUCUCGUACAUGCAGCCGCAUCGUACAAUCACAUCGAGCUUCUGAGAGCAGUAGUUGAAGAUUACCAUGUCGACGUGAACAUCAAGGACGAAGAUGGAGAAACUGCUCUAUUCGGAAUUGAGACAGUGGAGAUCGCAAAGAUAUUGGUGGAAGAGCUACACGCGGAUAUAACAGUCAGAGGCGAGCCGGGACAGUCUGCAAGAGAGCGAAUUGCCGAGGAUGGCGAUUUCCCCGAGGUCGCUGUAUACUUGCGAAUGAGAGAACUCCAGGACCAGGUCAAUGGUGCUGGUGGACUCAGAUCGCGCAGUGCUAUAACACCAACAUCUCAACCAGACAACAGCAUCGAGCGACCUGCGCCUCUUCCUGAAGGGAUGUCUGUAGAAUUUGGAACUAUGGUACCCGAAGAUGCAGGCGAGCUAGUGGACCCAGAAUUCAGGCGCAGGAUCGACGAAUUGGCCGCUAGGGAUGAUUUCAACGAAGAAGAAGGGCAGGAAGCCUUACGGAAACUGGUAAAGGAAGCUCUUGGGGGUGAAGUGGGAGAAGAGAGAAGCAGUCGCCAACGAACAAGUUGA